AUGCGUAUUCCCGUAGACCCCAGCACCAGCAGGCGCUUCACACCUCCCUCCACGGCCUUCCCUUGCGGUAAGAUGGGAGAGAACAGCGGCGCCCUCAGCGCUCCGGCCUCGGGACCCAGAAGCCGGCCGGAGGCGCGCUCCGUGGUGGAUGUCCUGGCGGAUCACCCGGGCGAGCUCGUGAGGACCGACAGCCCCAACUUUUUGUGCUCGGUGCUGCCUUCCCACUGGCGAUGCAACAAGACCCUCCCCGUGGCCUUCAAGGUUGUAGCCCUUGGAGACGUGCCAGAUGGGACCGUGGUAACAGUCAUGGCCGGUAAUGACGAAAACUAUUCCGCUGAGCUCCGGAAUGCCUCCGCGGUCAUGAAAAACCAAGUGGCCAGGUUUAACGACCUUCGCUUUGUUGGACGGAGUGGCCGAGGAAAAAGCUUUACAUUAACAAUCACCGUCUUCACAAACCCCACCCAAGUUGCUACAUAUCACCGAGCCAUUAAAGUGACCGUCGAUGGGCCCCGGGAACCGAGAAGGCACAGACAGAAGCUUGAAGAGCAAGCAAAAUCCUACCCCGAUCGCUUUGGGGAGCUGGAAAGGCUGCGGCAUUCCAUGAGAGUCAACCCCACGACCCCCAACCCCCGAGGAGCCUUAAGCACGCCUGGGCACUUUGGGACGCAAGCGCAGAGUCAGAUCCAAGGUACCUCUGAACUGAGCCCAUUCUCUGACCCACGGCAGUUUGACCGGUCCUUUUCUGGAUUAACUGGCCUCACGGAGACCAGGUUUUCGGACCCUCGGAUGCAUUACCCUGGUGCGAUGUCGGCCUUCCCAUACACAGCCACACCGUCUGCCACUGGAAUCGGCAGCAUUAGCAUGACCAGCAUGCCCACCACGACUCGGUUCCACCAUACCUACCUUCCCCCGCCAUACCCCAGCUCCACCCAAAACCAGAGUGGACCAUUCCAGACCAACCCUUCCCCUUACCACUUGUACUAUGGUACGUCGUCCGGGUCGUACCAGUUCUCCAUGGUGGCGGGGGGAGAGCGUUCGCCCACGAGGAUGCUUCCCUCUUGCCCAAGCGCAUCAGCGGGUAACAACUUGAUUAACCCCAACCUUGCCAAUCAGAACGAUGGUGUGGAGGCAGAUGGUAGCCAUAGUAACUCGCCGACAGCCAUGACAACUACCGGGAGGAUGGAUGAGGCUGUCUGGAGACCCUAUUGA